CUGCACUACUACCAGUCGGGGGGCCGGCUGCGGCGGCCGGCGCACGUGCCCCUGGACGUCUUCCUGGACGAGGUGGCCUUCUACGAGUUGGGUGCCGACGCCCUGGCUAAGCUGCGGGAGGACGAAGGCUUCGCAGCCGAACCCGAGCGUCAGCUGCCCCGGCGGCCAUUCGCGCGCCAGCUCUGGCUGCUCUUCGAGUUCCCGGAGAGCUCAGCAGCCGCCCGCGUCGUGGCCGUAGUGUCUGUGCUCGUCAUCCUUGUGUCCAUCGUGGUCUUCUGCCUGGAGACCCUGCCCGACUUCCGGGAUGAGCGAGAUGGCUCGCCCGGGGCUGCCCCGGGGCCGCUCCUGCCAGUUCGGUCCAAUGGCUCCCAGCCAGUGCCUCCUCCACCGCCAAGGACCCCGUUCGACGACCCUUUCUUCCUGGUUGAGACAUUGUGCAUCUGCUGGUUCUCCUUCGAGUUCCUGGUGCGCCUGGGUGCCAGUCCAAGCAAGGCAGACUUCUUCAAGAAUGUCAUGAACCUUAUUGACUUCGUGGCCAUCCUGCCCUACUUUGUGGCCCUGGGCACCGAGCUGGCCCGGCAGCGAGGCGUGGGGCAGCCCGCCAUGUCCCUGGCCAUCCUGCGGGUCAUCCGCCUGGUGCGAGUCUUUCGCAUCUUCAAGCUGUCCCGCCACUCCAAAGGCCUGCAGAUCCUGGGCCAGACACUGCGGGCAUCGAUGCGGGAGCUGGGCCUGCUCAUUUUCUUCCUCUUCAUUGGGGUGGUCCUCUUCUCCAGUGCCGUUUACUUUGCUGAGGUAGAUGGGCCCCCCGAUUCGGGCUUCACCAGCAUCCCUGCUUCCUUCUGGUGGGCCGUGGUGACUAUGACCACCGUGGGCUACGGGGAUAUGGCACCUGCCACAAUGGGUGGCAAGAUAGUGGGCUCCCUCUGUGCCAUUGCGGGCGUCCUCACCAUCUCCCUGCCUGUACCUGUCAUCGUCUCCAACUUCAGCUAUUUCUACCACCGGGAAACGGAAGGAGAAGACAUGGGCCGCUACCGGCAUGUGGCCACGCAGCCCUGCUGCCCUCCCGAGGCCCCUGAGGGCAAGGCUAAUGGGCUAGUUGGGGGCAGUGGGAAGCACUUGGUCACAGAGGUGUAA